CUGAGGAAGACUUUCAAACUGUUGCCUCUCGCCAGGUCUUUGCAGCUCAGCCCAGCAAAAAACCAAACAUGAGAGACCCCCGGAUUCGCUUGCGCGGAUGCGACCCACACAAGAGGCCGCAUGCAGAACGUACUUGGGAAGAACCUCUGUUCCGAGUUUCGAGGAAGCAGUCGCCACAAGCUUCGCAGAGACACUCUCAAGUCGGUGGGCUUUAGAUGCAUGCAACGCGUGAGUCUUUACACAAGUCGCUCUGUCGGGUGCGGAGCGCCGCAGUUCACCGAUGCCCUGGAGGUUGAAACGAACGCCGCGACAGUGAAGCAGCGAGAGUCUUGCCAGGCGCAGGAGGACCGCCCCUGCACUGUGAAACGCAGUUCCGAGACGCAUACGCAAAAGCGUCUUGCCACCAAGCGAUUGCCGACGCAGACAGAUCUCGACGCGGCGAGUACAAAGUGAAGUGGACUUUGUACACUGGAAAAGGAAACGCACGCAGUUAGGAGAAAACAAACACACAUGCAGACAUGCCGAUGCACAAACGGCGCAGCGCAGCGCGCGCAGGGGCGUCCACCAGAGAGGCCAGGCAGAUGCCUGUGAGGAAGCCUUCAAGUUCGCUUCGUUCCUCGUCUGGAGAGCUUCGCCCCCGCGAUCUGUUGAGAGAGUUUGCGAUUCCGAAGAAGAGACAACUCGUUUCUCGAAAGAAAGACCAUCCACGCAUGUGAGAGGACAGAGGAAACCUCGCGCCAACAGCGGGGGAGAGGCCGCCGACCUGCUUCGCCUACGCGUCUUUGUCGCGUGGAGAAGAGACAUUUGUAUCCAGUGGAGAAGUCUGCAUGCGCUGGGAGCGCGCGGCGCGCAAAGCCUCGUUUUCCUCCAUGCGUUUUUCCAGCCACGGUUUAUAGACAAGCCAUCCACCGGCAAUUCCCGAGGUAACAGCGAUGCCCAGCUGAAGAAGUUUCUGUGACAUUUUCUAGAACUUUUCUAGGCGCUCUUUGCCGGGAAGACUCUCACGCGGGCCGAUUUUUUCGUUCUAAGUGUACAGCUGAAGCGCUUGUGGAGCUGCUGGACCGCCGACCUCGGAUUUGCGGAGGCAACGGCUUCGGGGAGGCCUGGACAGUUGCGGCGGAGAAGACUGCGAAUGCGCCUUCACGAUUGACCUGAGAGAGGAGUGAGUGGAACCGACGCCAACACCGAGGAUGCCGAGUUCUUGUCGCGAACUCCAGCAGACAGCAACGCGGGUGAAAGAAGGAAGCAGGAGUGAGGGAAAGUGGAGACAGGAAGGAAAAUUCUGGAGAAAAGAAUUCGGGAGACAAGUCGCUGGCUGUCUCGUUUUCGACAGCGAGAAGGGACGAAAAAGUCUGACGCGCCCUCCUCUCCGCGCGAAACCGGGACAGCGUCCGAGAAGAGGAAGAGAAACAGAGAGCGAGAAACAGAGAACGAGAAACAGAGAACGAGAAACAGAGAGCGAGCGAGAGCCGAACUGGAGAAGGCCGGAAGAGUGCGAGGACUGAGAAUCCUCGACUGGUCUAGUGGAGGAGAAACGCAUGCAGGCUAGGAACUCGGAGACCAGCACAGAUGUUGUCGCGCGAACUCAACUGCCGGGGUCUCGAUUGUUGUGGGGCAGCGCGCAAAAAAGAAACAGACCCGCAGUGCAAACUUUACUCGUUUUUUCUUUUUCCCUCGACCUCUUCCGUCAGUCGAGACACGAACGAAGUGCAGGAAUUGGGGAGGAUGCGCAAAGCCGGCGGCCUCUCUUUUUCUUCGCUCUCUGUCUGGUCAACUCAGUGUGCAGUUUUGCGACCAACAGCAGGGUCCCAACUCACCCAUCUUCAGUCCGUUUUCUCCGUUCUUCUCGAGAAACGCAACUGCAUCCGUCUGCUUCUGCGGAUUCUCUGCUGCUUCGUCGUUUCGCAGACUUCGGCCGCCUCGUCUCAUCUCGCAAACGCGCUAGUUGUUGCUGCAGCUCCGUCAGGUUCACCAACACAGCGGCCAACUCUCUCUUGCAGUUCCUCAGGUGACUCAGAUUCCGUUUGCUUACGCGACGCUGGUCUGCGCGCCUUUUGCGCUCUCCGUUGCCCGCUCGCUUCUCGGACUGACUUCAGUCUCCUCUCUCUCUGAGCGGCCUCUAUUAGCGGCCUCUCUCUUAGCGGCCUCUCUCCCCAAGACGAGGAGCUCCCGCGCAGAGGACGAAGAAAAGAAGGACGAGCGACAAACGGAGAGGACAGAAGCAGGCACCAGGAAUCGAAGCAACACAGCGACGAUAGUGCCUCUGUCUAUUGCUGCAGAGGAGAGACGGCCUGCUGGUCUGUUUUUUAUUCGUCGACUUCCGAACGGCAUCAUGGCUCGGCCGAAGCCGGCGCCUGUAGAGACACCGCCCGCGGGUGGAAGUUCGCAACAACAGAGGCAGCGAGCAGACAGAAGCAGAGGAAAAGAGAAGCGCUUCUUCACAGAGAAACCUGCCGACAUAGAGCCGCCAGUGUCUGACGGGGAGAAGCGAAAGACGAAGCGCGCGAGAGUCGGCAAGAGGCAGGACUCGCUGGCGACCGCCUCCUCCGGUGUCCACCCGGGGCAAGAGAGCGCCCGUCGCCGGACUGCCGGUGCCACUGCGUCAACCAACGCGUCGGCAAUCGUCCCCGACGAAGUCCGCGAACUCGAGCGUUUUCUUUUCGGUGCGAGGAGUCGAGCUGAAAACGCUGGAGAGACCCAGACUGCGAAGGCGACCGCGACGCAGAAGCGGAGGAAGAGCGGCGGUCGCGAGCGAGAGGCGAAGGACGCGGCGAGCUCGCAGGGCGUCGACGGGGAUGCGGCGGACAGCUUGCAGCCGCGAAAGAAGAAACGUCACGGAGAGAAGGACGAGACGAACGGCGAGGGUGCGACUGCGGCUCCAGCAGCCAAAAAUGGAGCCGCGUCCAGCGAAGAUCGCGAAGAAGAGGCUUCUUCUUCCGAAGGACGCGCGUCAGAAGAGACAGGAGACGCGCGAGAGGCGAACAGAGACAGCAGACGGGUGUGGGUCGAUCCCGACGACGCCUGUGUCUCUGUGAACAUCUGUGCGAACCGCAAGCUGCGAAAGCUGAGGGUGAGCGAGCAGGAGGAGACGCUCGGUGGCGACGCCCUGCAGAAACGACUCGCGACGCUCCACAGAAGGCUGGUGCAAAGUCAGGCUUCCACGAGCUGGGUCGAGAAGGCUCGCCAGAGGAAGCGCGAAGCGGAGGUCGCACGAGACGCUCAGAAACGCGAAGCCGGCGACAGCGACGUCUCUGACGACGCCUCGAGUCCACAUGUGACCCAGACCGGACAGAGCGUAGCUGGGAUUCAGAGCGGAUCCUCGGUGUUCUCCUCGAAAGGCUUGCUCCGGCGCCUCGCUCGGGAGAGGAAGACGGGUGCUCUCGUCGAGGCGACGCGCGAGCGCAUCCCGCAAAAGAAAAUCGUAAUUCGCCGCCUGGCGAACGCAAACGAGGCGGAACCCAGCGCAUCGGUGAUUUCUGCUCUCGAAUUCCAUCCGCGAACGUCUUUGCUGAUGACAGCCGGACGCGACCAAGCCUUGCGCCUCUUUUCGGUCGACGGGAAGGAGAACCGGAAAGUCGAGUCGGUUUUUCUCCAAGACUUCCCCGUCCUCGCCGCGCGCUUCACUCGUCACAACGGCGGCGGGCAGAUCUUGGCGAUCAGCAACGCAAACCGUUCCCUCGCGGAGUACGACUUGGAAACCGGGUCCGUGAACAAGAUUCCAGGAAUUGCAGGCCGGCGCCAAGAGAGAUGCUUCCAUUUUCUGGAGAUGGGAGGCGGCCGCAGAGCUGAGGACGCGUCGUCCUUCUUGGUGACCCAGAAGACGUUUGCGCUCGCGUCCGCGAAUUCUCAAGAUGUGCUGCUGUGCGACGUGCAGUCCAAGCGACUUCUGAACGUCUUUUCGAUGAACGCAAAUGUCGCGGCGCUUGCGUUUCAUCCGACAAAGGAGGCAAUCUUCACAGCCGAUCGGGAAGCGUUUAUCUACGAAUGGGAUUUGCGCAGCGGCAACUGCGUAUCGAAGUUCCAGGACGCUUCCUGUUUGCGUCUGUCGGCCAUGGCUGCCUCCCCAGCGGCCUGUCUCUCCUCUACGUACGAAGCGUCUUCUUUCCUAGCGACAGGCUCUCGCACGGGAUAUGUCGAUUUCUUCUCCCUCUCCGACUCUGCGUCGACCAAGCCCGUGAAGGAACUGGGAAACCUAACGACGGAGAUCAGCACAUUGGCUUUCCACCCUUCCAACCAGUUGCUCUGCGCCGCGUCGAGAUGGAAGAAAGACGCUUUGAGACUCAUCCACUUGCCUUCUCUGACGGUGUACCAGAACUGGCCGACGGAGCGAACGCCCCUGCGCUACGUGACAGCAGCUGACUUUAGCUGCGACAACGGUUUCUUGGCUGUCGGCAAUGAUCGCGGAAAUGCCCUGUUGUACCAGAUCCGGCAUUUCGCUUGAGCGUCUCCGGACAGCCAGUCCAGCAGGUGGCGAGCUUGUUGUCAGCGAGUGGCGUAUGCUUUUGAGGUUGACGUUGCAUGCGGCCUGGGCGGUCCAGUCUGUGGUUUUCUGGAAACUACCAAGUUGCAAAGCGUUGUGUUUUGAAGCGCCAACGCCUUGACACCUUGUGUUGGACCUGUUUCGUUCUGGCUCGCUAGGCCGUCCACCGUGGGAGCGGCGAGGGGCUGUAACUGCACUUUUUCCCGCUCACACAGCGUCGUAUUUAUCUUCGCACUUUAAGCAGUGUGCUCACUGAAGCGCGGGUGCGUGAAAUAACUCUCGCGCGCGCAGGCGAACGAAUGGUCGCGCGAGACAUCAAGACACCUUCCAC